AAAUUUAAUCGAAGUAUAAACAAAUUGUUACCGUAAUUGUGUUUUGUUCGUAAUUGGAAAUUACGGGCAUUUCGCUCCCAGUUUUAGAAGUACUUAUCCAGAGUAAUAAUACACCGCAAUCAUGGUGCUCGAGUGGUUGCUUGAACCUAUAACUCCUCACACUACGAAAUAUAUCUCGAACAGGUACCCCAAUGAUUCCGACAAGGCACACUGGAGACGCAUCAACUACGAUCCGGGUAUGAACGAGAAGGCCCGCACCAAUCCAGACGAAUCUUUCACGAUCAAUAAUCUUGCUCUACAAACACAAUGGAACAGACCCAUCACCGCCACGCAGGCAGUUCGCCGUUUAACUAUGGAGAAGAUCAUGAUGAGACCGGAUUGGGAAGAUGCUUUGAAAGAAUACGAGGCACACAGGCAGAAGUAUUUGAUGCCUGGAUCCGAGUAUAUGUUAGCGCUUUUUAAUUUAAAACGAGAAGUGAAGCUGCGCUACCGACAUGAAACGACUCCGUAUGAAUUCAAACCUCCUCAAUUUGAAAACUUCUACUGGCCCUUACCCUUCAUUCGGCCUACACGUGAGAAGACUACCAAGUCGUUCUUCGAUCCUCCGCCGACUCCGUAAAAAAGAUUUGCGCAAGCGUUUGUUGCAUGAUUUCAGUUUACUGUUCGUUUUCGCUAAAUUGACUGCUGUAUAGUCUAUAGCGUAACUUCAUUUCUUUCUGUAUAAAUCGUUAGUUUUGUGUUUCUGGUUUGAGGUGCUUUUCUUCAAGUCGACUUUAAUAAAUUUAAAAUAAAUAUCCUAUGCUGUAUUGCGUGGUGUUGAGUCAUAAUUCUUGCUUCGUAUAUUUUUGACUGU